GUUCUUCACCGGAGCUGGAUCAUUUUUCCACCCACUCCGCUCCUUCACUGGACGGAACGCUUCUCCAUUGUACCCACCUGCAAUAUCCUCUGUAUAUUGUACCCUCCUUACAAUCUACGGGUACGCGAGGAGGGCCUUGAAUAGAGACAAUGCCGGAACCACCUUUAAUGCCGCCACCCACAUCACCAACCGCACCAGAAUUUGCAGUAACAGCUGAGCGCCUCGCGAGUCUGAAGCAACGCCUUCAAGCAAUAUCGGUGAAGCACGCAAAUAGACGCAGUUCACAAGACUCGCUUACAAUUCAGCGAUCAACCUCAUUUGGAAGCAUUGGGUCUGAGACUGAGCAGAGUGUGGGAGAACCUUCUGCACGAACGUCUGUUUAUAGUGUGGAUGCAAUCAAAAUUUCGGAUGGGGCCAGUACGGUGGAAUAUGAUAGCUCAAAAAUAAGCGACGGUGAAACGGCAAUUGGAGCGGAGCUCGCUGAGCCCAGUCAGGAGGAGCCUCAACCAGAUGCUUCAUGCACCUGCCGCAAUGUUAUAAGGGAAGAUAAUCCCCAGUAUUGUCAUAGGUGUGGAGGCAUACUCUAUCCCGUAGCGCGCCUGGAGAAGGAGCGCGCGCAACUGGCGAAACAGCUUGACCUAGUUCAAAGAAAGCUGACGGUCAUGGAACAGCGACAAGAUGCUUCAACCCAUGAAAUGUCGAAACUGCGAAUCCGUGUCCAUGAACUUGAGGAAGCCGUUGCCACCAAGGAUCAAGAACUUGCUUCCGUAAAGAAGGAUCUGGAUCGAAUGGGUCAGAAGCUUAUUGACGAAGUGGAAGUGCGCGCUGAGCUACAACACUCGAAAGAUGCGGUGCAAGAGGAAUUGGAAGAAUUAACAAAAUCUCUUUUUGAAGAAGCUAAUACUAUGGUGGCGACCGAGGCGCGGCAACGUUAUGAAUACCAAAAGAAGGAGCAAACAUUGCGUCAUCAGUUGGAGGAAAUGACGCAGCAGUUGGAAAUGGAGCGGUCGCAGCUUCGCGAGUUGAGAGCUCGGAUGGAAGACAUGGACCAUCAACAGCCAUCGGCCGCAAGCUCACUGGGUAAUAUGACGGAGGGUCAAGCACGCUUGAGUGUGUAUUCCUCGAUUAGUGAUAUGGGUGAUGACACCUCCGAAGGACAAUCUACCGAGGAAGCGAUUGACCCGGUGUUAUUCGCAGAAUUUGAAGAGUUCAUCACAGCCAGCGCUGACGUGAAAUUGUCCAAAAUGCAUACGCUGCACUUCAUGAAGAAUGCGUUAGAGGACGACAUAUUUCCCUGUCUGCGAUUCGGGGGUAAUCCCCGCACGUCGACAAAGAAGCUCAUCGAUGCCAUCUCCGCAAAUACUUGUUUUGUGGAAGAGAUGACUGCCACACAAAUUGCAGCACUUGAGGCACAAGCAUCCCGUUUUGAACGCUCCAAAACCGCAUCUCCGAUGCGUUCCAAUUCUCAAUCUGCCGACUCAUCCAAACGUAACUCAACCCUUCUGCCAGACAAUUUUGAUGCCUCUUUGGGGGCAAACAUACCCCCUGCACAAACGAAGACCCCACCGCCAACCCAAGCAAUUUUCAAUAAGACGGUUAUGGAACGCCUUAGCAGCGCUUUCAGUGGCGGUACGCUCCAACUGGGGAGUUCCUCGACUCUCGUUACGAACGGAUGUUCAACAUGUGGACGCUCUUCCGUAAACUCACCAACGUGUCGCUUCCAAUUCAAGUCCUCGGAUCUUCCCGAAGACGCUUGGUGUCCCAUUUGCGUAAAUUGCCGAGACCGUUUGGUAGCGGUAUGCGAAUUUUACCAGUUUGCCCGCCAUAUACGGCAAGGUCUCUUUUCUACCCGACGAAAGGAAGAUCUUUACCUGGAAAUGCUGACCCUGAAGCGAAAGAUGUUCUACGCUCGCAUCGGGGCGACAAAAUUCUCAGAGAAAGAUAAAGUCUUCUUGAGGAAGAAGCCUAGACCAAAUAGCACCAUUGUAAGUGUGGCGAUUCAUGCGGCAUCAGCCGAUGCACUGACAUUAGCGAAGGCGUCUGAUGAAGCUGGACUUGAGGCGCCAUUGUCAUCUGCGGGCAGUACCGCGUCAAUGCCCAAACUAUCUUUCAGCCCGUUGUCCAAGAGGCGUAGCGUCACUAGUACCAAUAGCGCAGAAUCACCGGCUGAUAACAAGACCUUUCCGGUAGAUGGUAAUAACCAAACAGAUGACGAUCAAAGAGACCUUGCUGUCGCUGAGACCAACGAAGGAGUCACAGAUUCGGAGGCCGACAAGCAUGAAACGGGAACAAAGUUGGCUGGUACCGGCGGCACCAGUCUAAUAGAAUCUGUGGGUCUGAACGGCGUGGAAAAGGCAAUGGGGGAAGCAAAAUCAACAGAUCUAUGACGUAUCUUCCUGUAACUUUUCGUUAUAAUGCUAUUUAUAUUUGAUACAUGUAUCCAUCA